AUACAUCAGCCACGGUGCACAUAGCAGAAACGCUCUCCGCCAUCCUUCCCGAGGAGCAUAAUAGUGUCGAUGCUGUCGUGUGCCGACAGCACGUGGUUGAGGCGAGCGACCGCUACGUUCUGGUACACACACAUACACAAACACACACACACGUGCACAGGCGGGAAGCGUAAAUGAGUUGAUGUAUGUACCUGUGUAAUCACACAGGCACCCGGGGCCGGCGAUGACCUCGCAAAGGGCCUUCGCGUGGCAUCUGGCGGCGGUCUCGAAGGGCCAGUUGGUGCUUGCACGAGGGGCAGAGCUGCACGGCGUGAUGAUGCAGCGAUGCUCACCUUCUGUCGUUGAGAUCGCCAGGUCGUGGACCAGCGGCGUGCACGCCUUGGCCUUCUCGUCAUUCGGGGUUGGUGUUCAUGAUGGUCUUGUACUUCGAUAGGCGUGGUACCAUGACAGCCCUUCUAUUCGUUCUGAAUACCCGUCGGUGUGGCCAUCUUGCUGAACGACAUCACAAGGCGUCGGCAUCCAUCACAUGCGGGGUCCGCCUCCUCUCAAUGGCGUGCAUUCGCUUACAGGAGAUCCAUGAUGGGAAAGGAUGAGGAGGGAGAAAGGCGUACAUACUGAAUGAGAUGAUGUAUGUACCUGUCUAGUUUGCUGCAUGUAUCUGUCGCAUCACAGACACAUCCCAAUGUUCCUGAGCCUCUCGCAGAGGUGAUUGACGAAGUCGGUGCCGGAGAGCUGCUCGACUGACGCCCCACGCAUGCCACACAACACAGAGCAGGACGACCGUGUAUGUGUCUGUCUGCUCUGUGUUGUGUGGCACGCCGAUGCUGAUCCUCACUGUUGAUGGUCCUGGCUGUCCCUGCUGUUGAGGAGGUCCAUCGCGGCCUUGAACAGACGCACCAACUCGUCAAAGGGGACCACCCACACACCAUGCACAAGCAAAAUGCAGACAAGGCCGUCGGGCGUCGCGUCGGUUCUUUC